AUGAUGUUUCCCUUGGCCAAAUGGGCACUGCUUAAUGGUCUCAAGAGGCAAACCAUUCAGUGUUGCAGCAAGACAAACCCAUAUGAAAUACCAAAUUUUCAUGACAAAUAUGGCAAUACUGUGCUAGCUAGUGGAGCCAUUUUCUGUGUUGUUACAUGGGUGUUUUUAACUACACAGGUGGGAAUACUAUGGAACCCAUCUCCUGUUGCCCAAGCCACCCCAAAAGAGUGGAAAAAUAAAUAA